AUGGCCAUCCUUCCCCCAUCGAAUGGAGGCAAACCCACGUCUUCUAGCCAAAGUCCACCAAGUAUACAGACAUCUCGCAGCAGGACCAAGAAAUUGAGUGAUUUUGAUGCCUAUGCGUUCUCGUCACAGGUUUCCUACAGUCCAUCACGAAGCAGUGCUAGCAACAGCCCAAUAAGUAGAACUACCGGUAGCCCACUUAGUCCACGAAGUAAUGAGAGAAAGAGAUUGAACGAAUCUGAAGUCUACGACCUCUCGUCACAAGUCGUUUACAGCCCAAUGAGAAAUGGUAGUCCAAAGUACAGCCCAGCUCGAAGCGAUACCAUGUCGGAUUACAACACGGUUGUCAGUCACAAAACAAGCAGUACGGCAUCAACGCGUUCCAGACGGCCUGGACAAGCCAAAGUUAGGCUGCAACAACAACAAAUGGCGAUGAGCUCACAACAGUCAGUGGCCACCAGUAGCCACUCUGUUUCAUCCAAGAGUUCCAGUCUUUCGCGGCCACGAGGUUGGCACGAAACCAUGAAACACGCCGCCAGUGCCGCCAAUCGCAAAUGGGAACCAAGACAUGGCUUUGAACCGGAUCACAAUAACAAUAACGGUACAACAAGGUCCUAUUACACAGCGAAUGUGUCAGAUAGUCAGUCCUUAUCGACGCUGGGAGCAUCCUCGACGCCUCCAAAGCGUGAUCAAUACCAAGCACCGCUCAUGAUUGAUAUCGAAGGCGAAAAUGAACGCAUGAAUGUCUUUGAUCAAUUCUUCGACCCAUCUAUGUAUGAAAUAUAG